AUGAGCGUGUUUCAGUCGCGUUCAUUGCGCACUAGGGGCGCGUGUUUCAGACGCGUUCAUGGCAAAUACGCGUUCAUGGCGCACGUGGAGCGCGACGCGCGCGCCCGGGCGGCGCAGCGGCGGCAGCGCGAGGCGGCGGCGCGCGAGGAGCGCGGCGCGGGCGACUCCGCCUUCGCCGAGGGCGACUUCGCCGACGCGCUGCUGCACUACACGCGCGCCAUCGACCAGCCGCGCCGUCACGCACCUCCGCCUGGGCCUGCACCGGCGCAUGCUGGACGACUGCGAAACUGCCUACGCGCGUGGCUGCUCAAGGCGCGCGCGCUCUUCGAGCUGGACGACGAGGCGCUCAGCAGGAGCCCGCACCGGAAGAAGGACAUCGAUGGGAAAGGACGGAAAGAUCUCGCGCGAUCCGUGGCCCGUUUGUUAGGGUACUGCUCUGUCAUUCACUUGGUGCUGAUAGCAGAAAACACGCAAGACUAA